CCACAGCGUAACUCCGCCUUCCAUAAUAAAGAUGGCUGGAACGAAAAGAGCGUCUGACGACACCACUGGCCCCACUACCCGAGCACACAAGGCGGCAAAAACCGACAACGGCACAAGUGCUACAACAACCAAAGGCGCAAAGAGGGGUGGUAAACGAGGCGCCAAGGCCUCUUUGCCGGCCUCCACGUUCAAGAGCAAGGCCCUCCCUUUGCACAUCAAUGUGACACACACACCCCCGAGUAUUGCUGAUGAUGAGUCGGCUCCCGCUACCUCAGCUGAUCCCGGAUUCUUGGCGACAUUGGCGCUGUUGCCUACAAGCUUUGCUACUGGCAGCUAUGGCUGGAAAGGCACUAAACGCUUUUCAGUGGAGCUUCCCAAUCCAGAGGGCGGCGAUGAAAAAGAAAAGGUCCAAGUCAUGCUGACUGUCAAUGCGGCUGUCGUUGGAAGCAAGCAGGCGCCGGGAGAAGAUGAUCAUGCGAAAGAGGCUGAAGAGGAGGCUAAAGAGGAGCACGCCAAAGAAGAUGCCCCCAAGGACGAUGAGAAGGAGGAAGCAGAAAAGCCUGAGGAAGAGGCUAAGAACGGCACCACUGAAGCUGAAGCCGAUACUUAGGCCUAAGAUGUAAAGGAUUUUGUCGUUCGGAUUUUUAUUGCUCAGAUAUACGCGGAUUUAUCCACAGUAUAUAUGCAGGCCGUUCACUGGCCUACACAAAAAAUCCAACUAAUUUUUUUUCUUGCUCUCCAACU